AUGGAGGAAGCGAGUGUUGAAACUGAUUUACCGAUAGAAGCAGUCGAAGAUGAUGACAUGCCGGACUUGCUGGAAACGAUCCCUACACAUUUUGCUACCUUGCCUCAUCGAAUGGAAGACGAAGACAUCAUUCCAUCGGCAGAAGAGGGAUUUGAUGUGGUACGAAGGAGGAAAAGGAAUCGUGACAAUGUUGGAAUGAUAUCAGAAAAAUCUGAAAUUAUUGUUGCAAAACAAAUACACUACAAGAAACAUAGGGGUUUGACAAAUGUUGAAGUGCGCAAAGUCCCGGUGCCACCACAUCGGUAUUCACCACUAAAAGAGCACUGGUCAAAAAUUAUUUUGCCAAUUAUCAAGCAGUUACAUCUACAAAUAAGAUUCAACCUGAAAACACGAAAUGUGGAAAUUCGUGCUGAAGAUUUUGUCCGCGCUUUUGUUUUGGGUUUCGAUGUUGAUGAUGCGGUAGCAUUAAUUAGACUGAAUCAUUUAUUCUUAGAAAGUUUCGAAAUUAAUGAUGUUAAGCCACUAAAAGGAGAGCAUUUGUCACGUGCUAUUGGACGAAUUGCUGGCAAAGAUGGUCGAACCAAAUUCACGAUUGAAAACAUAACUAAGACUCGUAUUGUGCUUGCCAACAGUAAAAUUCAUCUACUUGGUGCGUACCAAAAUAUUCGGAUAGCAAGGAAUGCAAUCUCUUCAUUGAUUAUGGGUAGCCCGCCAUCAAAAGUAUAUGGUAAUUUACGAAAUCUUGCAAAUCGAGCAAGUGAACGCUUGUGA